CCAACCCCACAAAAAAGGCGCACUUCUAUAGAAAGCAGAGAAAUCAGCCGGAGAGGAAGAAGAGAAGCUGCGAAACGGCGAUGAAGGUUUAAGAGCGGAGGCCACUGUUGCAUCGUGAGCUUGGUCAGUAUUGCUGGAGCAUGAGGAAACCCGUACCACAGAAAGCUAUAGAGUGGAAAGAUGCCAGAAGGAUCAAGCAUGCCCGGAGCGGACGGCCCUCCCGGGUGCCUUCACAGUACCAAGGACAUUUCAGCUGGGAGAAAUACUUGAAAGAGACCGGCGCUGCUGCUGCACCUGCUUCAUGCUUCAAACAGAGUCCCACGCCUCCGGUUAACGAGUUCAAGGCCGGGAUGAAGCUGGAGGCCCAGGACCCGCGGAACACCACGUCCACCUGCAUCGCCACAGUGGUGGGCCUGACGGGCUCGCGGCUGCGGCUGCGAUUGGACGGCUCCGACAACAAGAACGACUUCUGGCGCUUGGUGGACUCCUCAGAGAUCCAGCCUAUUGGCAGCUGUGAGAAGAGUGGAGGCAUGCUGCAGCCGCCACUCGGUUUCCGGCUCAACGCUUCCUCCUGGCCCAUGUUCCUACUGAAAACACUAAAUGGAGCUGAGAUGGCACCGUCUCGCAUUUUUCACAAGCAGGAGCCUCCCGCACCGGAGCAGAACUCCUUUCAGAUGGGCAUGAAGCUGGAGGCGGUGGACCGGAAGAAUCCCCACUUUAUCUGUCCAGCCACAGUGGGUGCGCUGCGUGGUGUUGAGGUGCAGGUCACCUUCGAUGGCUGGCGGGGGGCCUUUGACUACUACUGCCGCUACGACUCACGCGACAUCUUCCCCGUUGGCUGGUGCUCACUCACCGGAGACAACCUCCAGCCGCCUGGUACCAAAGUAGUGUUGCCUAAGAGUCUUGGGGCGUUAGCAGAUGGGGGUGUAGAGACUCCAGCCAUGCACCCCACCCCAACACUGGGCAGACCUCCGGGUCAGAGAGGACGGAAGCCAGGCCGGAGGAAAACCAAGGUCACAGUUCCCUGGGGUCAGAAGGCUUCAGCGUUGGGACCACAGAGCAUCCAACCGAGCAAAGACCUUGAGCCCAUCAAGGUCCCCAAAAAACGAGGGCCCAAGCCUGGCAACAAGCUGAACUGGGCAAAGAGAGCUGGCUGGCUGGAGGAUGCCAUGGCUGGCCCGGGCCGGCCGGCGACAGUCCCCGGGCGAACCAGGGGCCGACUGCCGGCCAACUGGACACAGACGUUAGCGCUGCAGCAGGCCCAGACUCAGGCACAACCCAUCAAGAUCCCAAAGAAACGAGGGCCCAAGCCUGGCAGCAAGAGAAAACCGCGCGUGGUCCCUAAUCCAGUCCCCACGUCUCCCACCAGCAGCACCCCAGAGCCCGACACCAGCACUGUGCCUCUGGACAAUGCCACCAUCCCCAACUCUGCACUACAGGCUCCCACAGUUUGUGUUUACCUAAACAAGUACGGCAAAGUUGGACUCCAUUUGGACCAGCGGCGUAUCCAGCAGCUCCCGGACCAUUUUGGGCCCGGCCGAGCGUCCUCGGUGCUCCAGCAGUGUGUCCAGGCUUGUGUGGACUCCGCUCACGACCAGAGCACCGUCUUCUCUUGCCUUAAAUCUGGCCAAGGUGGUGAAGUCAUUUCUGCGUACUUUGACGAGCAGCAGCACACCCUGACCCUGCCCACAGUCAGCAGCGUCACCUACGUCCUCCGCUUCCUGGAGAAGCUUUGCCACAACCUUCACUGCGAUGCGCUGUUUGGCAGCCAGCCUGUUGCCAGAGGAGCCCUGCACUACAACAGUCUCACGUACACGACAGAGCGGAGGAGUUUUGGUGACAGCCUGACGACGGGCCCCGGCAACAAGAGGUUCCUCCAGAACUACAACAGUCCGUUACCACAGAAACUGGCCAAAAUCUCCCGACACUCCACCGAUGGUGAGUCCUUCAUGGAGAACAGCGUGGCCACAUCCGAGCACUUAAAGAAAAGCCCCCUCUCUCCAAACUCCACGGCUCUGUCACCGGGUCUCAGGUCUCCCACCAAGCUGCUGCAUCACAACAGCUUCACAGGCAGUUUACGGGAGAGCCCGAGACCCAGCGGUCAGGACCCCAACCUGUGGACGGUGGAGGACGUCAUGAAGUACAUCAGAGAAAUCGACCCCGUGCUGGCACCACACGCCGACCUUUUUAGAAAACAUGAGAUUGACGGCAAAGCACUCCUGUUGCUGCGUAGCGACAUGAUGAUGAAAUACAUGGGCUUGAAGCUCGGCCCCGCCCUCAAACUCACCUUCCACAUCGACAAGCUCAAGCGGCAGUGAGGGGUCAGCGACCCGCAGCAGCCUUCCAAAGGACUACGCUCCAACCCCACCUCCCCGAUCUAGGAUCAGUAUAUUAUGCACUACACAUUGGACACAUACUGACCACUUACAUGUAGCAACGUCCAUCAGACCACCACAUCUGGUAUUACACACCCCUCUCCUGACCUAUUCCAAUGAGGAAUGUUUUAUUUUGUGUAGCACAAUCCAGCCCUAAGGCAGCAUGGGAUACGUAGGAUCACCCACUUGUCCAUCAUCUGUUUUGCAUUUCAGUAUAACUUGAAGAGUCAAAGUGGCCAUUUUAACUGUAAAAGGCUUUUUUUUCUGGGCCUGCUUUUAUUUUGUUACAUGUAUUCUGUACAUAGGUCAUAUUUUGUAUUUCAUGAAUAUAUGGAUGUAUUUUUGCCUCGUUGUGUUUGAUAUGCUCAAAGAAAGAAAAAACCCUAAAGGAAGAAAAUAAUUAACUUCAUUCAUCCCAGUGGUUGGGAACGCUUCUGAUUAAUGUCUCAGUUUGAGGCACAACUUUGCAACUACAUCAAUAUUAAUUAUAGGGAGAAAAAAAUGGUUUUAUGAAAAGAAACUUUUAUUCUUAAAAAUACUGCCAUGAGGAAAGCUGUUUCUUUUGUCUAAUUCUGGAUGUUGUUUACAAUGCCUUGUCUCGUCUUUGUUAUUUGUACUUUUUUAAUUUUUUAUACUAUAUUAUUAGAGUUCCUACGUGGAGAACCCUAUCAUAAUUAACAUUGUUCAAUAAAUAUAUAAUAAUUCAA